CUCUUCUGUACCUUUGACUUUUUUUAUGUGAAUGAACUGAUGGCGUACACAUACGGUAGGAGACAAAACACAAAAGAGAAGUUUUUCAACCUGCACAGGAGUCUGAUGAAAGGUGAAGACAUUGGGGACUAUAAAUACUCUGCUUGAUUUAGCCACGCACUUUGAGGGCAGGAAGCUCUUGGCUCACGUCUAUGCUCUCUGUGUGAGCGUGACAGCAUUUGUGUGUUUCGGCAGCACUUCCUCCUUUUAUGGCAAGCAGGCGUUCACACAUACGAACGAACAGACGAUUCGACUCAGAAGAAAAGACUUCCUCGUAGGGCAGACAUAUACUAUCGUUGAGACUGUUGAGAUAUCUCCGGUGCCUGCUCCUUACUUGAGGGAUUAUCCGAAAUUAAGUGUUCCUUAUGGGAACUGUUUUAAACAUAGCAGAAAUGAAAGACCUUUGUUACUGACUCAUGUACAUCAUGAAUGAACAGUAAACCACCAUGGACAAUACAUUUGGUGGCAUUUCCUCAGUUAUGGAGUCUAGUCUGUAUCACAAUGUCCAUUCAAUCCUCAGGGAACUUGACUGUCAACCUCAGGCCGGAUCAGCUUGCAAUAAAGGUAUGCUGAGAUGGACGCUUCAUAACAGAAUAGAGAAAUGUCCAUCUGUUAGUGUACCUCUGGUGAAAGUUUUGAUCAAAGAGCUGGAGAAGGCGGAGAGAAUCGACUCCAAGAUUCGCAUCAUUCCUUUACUUCACACGCUCCUUUACACCAUCCUACAGUCUGCUUUUAUUCCAGAAGACAUCUAUCAGAGGAUUUACGUUUGCCUGAAAAGUUUAGUUACAUUACCGUUGCCCUACUGUGCAAUAGCUCUCAACUACGCAAGACAGAUAAAAAUGGAACAGACCACGCCAGGAAUGCUGUAUCAGAGAAGAGUAAUUGCUGAACACAACCUACGUAAUGACUUUUAUCAACUACAUGAAAAGGUGUUUGUAUUUAUGGACCCCGCUGUGUUUCCUUCGUCUCUGGUGAGCGCGCUCAAGGCUGAUGUGGAGGGUUUGGACCCCGGUGGGGAUGCAUUGAUUUACAAACGCCGGGUUAUGCUGCACACACUGCUUGCUGUAAUAGGAAAACAGUGCCACGUUGAGAAGCUCGCACAAGCUUUGGAGAAUUUGGGUGAAGACCUGGAUCUGCACUUCCAGGAGGUCGUUGCCAUCGUAGAGCAGAGAGUUGAAGAUGGGACUGCAGAAGAUGAUCAGUACAAAACAAGAUUACAAGAAAUCUACCAGGAUAUUCUGACAGUGGCAAAAGAUCACUUGCAUCCAGCGUCAAACACAGAAACUCAUCUGCCCAGUCCUGAAGUCAGCUUCCAUAUCUGGACCAAAGAGGAUGACAUAUGGAAUGAGUUGGUAAAUUUCGCACUGAUGGUUCCCAUGGACCGAAACUCUGCCUGUCUGGACGAGGACGACGUGAGGCGUAAUUCGGUCGUGUCGACAGUUUCCACGGACAGUGGGAUUGAAGGAGAUAUGCCCAGCAGUGAGUUUUCCUCUUUAAUGCUGGAUUCUCAGGGAGGAGCAGAAGAUCAAAUCAGCUCUCAAUCCUUUUGUCGGAGGCCUUGCGUGAGGUGGCCUAAAUCCGGCACCAGAUUGACUCUUAUGAUGGAGGCCAUUAAGGGAAGUGGAGGGUACGGCCUCACUAAAGAGGAAAGAAACCUCACGGCUCGUAUCGUCAUAAUGGGUGAUGAUAGAACGCUGGGGCGGCUUGCUAAAACCUUGCACACUAUACGGAAAAGGGAAGCACGGCAUCUUCUAUUGACAAAGAGAGUAAACCAGGAAAUAUAUUACAUUCCAGUUACUAACCAAUCUUCCUCUCAUGCCCAGGAGGGUCUUUCAGGUCCUGAGGAUAUGUUGACACUAGCGGGGUACUUGGGAAGUGUAGAUCCCUGGUACGACUGUAACCUCAAUGGUUUGGGGGCUAUGAUUCUCAAACUCGCUCAAAUGUCAAGUCACUCUUCAGACUCCAACCCCUUCCUGUUAGAUAUCAUCUCCUAUUACACACGAGUGAGUCAGCAGCCAGUGCACCUGCCAGUCUACUCUGUCAAGAUUUGUUUCGCAGACUUCACCUCCGCCUCAGUGGAAGAGGUUUUUGUAUCUCAGCUGCUUAUAGACUUUCCAGAAAUCAAACGAUUCAGAGCCACGCUCAAAGACACAAUUAAAGGUUCAGUGCGGUACAAAAGGAAUAGCCCACAAGAGCUUUAUGGUGCAGUAGUUUCAUUAAAUUAUAGAAAGGCUUCAAUAAGUGACAGAGAACAGGAGAAUGGAGUAACUUUAACCACAUGUGGGAUGUUGGUUACUGUCGUGCCUUCAUGUAGAGCCAAAAGUCUUCAUAGUGUCAACAUAAGCUUUCAAGAUAUAAACCCCACAAGGACCAUCACAGCUCCGCUAAGAGCUGUCAGCGCCAACAUCCGAGUUUUGGAGAACAGGUCGUUCUCUCUAUGUUUGGAUAAAGAUUCUCGUAGAACCUUCAAAGAUGUCCAGAGUAUUGAGAUUUUUCCAUGUUUGGACCCAGGAUACUGUCUUCAAUCGAGUGCUAAGUCCAAAUACACUUUCGCAGAGGGAGGUGAACCAUUCAUCAAAUAUGUGAAUAAAACCCUCACUCUGCCAAUCAACACCUUCUGUGGCACAGACCAAUGAUGGCACGGCAAACCUCCAUGACAUUCAAACAGAGACACAAUGAAGCCUGAUACCUCUUGGAGGCCUUUUAUUGUUUUUGUGUACUAUUUUGAACUGUUCUUCGUAGACGAAAAUAAUACUAAAAAAGGCCAGUUUUCUAUUAACAUGUAUUGUUAUGUGUUCAUGUGUUUAGUUUUGUAAAAAAAAUAGCAAUUACUGAGAGCUGUAAAAUGUUAGAUCUUUCAGAAACAUUGUGUUUAAUAUCUUGUUUACACUACUUUCAUUACUUUUUGACAAAACAUAUUUUUGAAAUUGUAUGGUUUAUGAAAAAUAUAAUAUAACACUUUUAACAAAGAGUUUUAUUUUGACACUUACAAUUAAUUAAAGUGAUCAUUUUGAAAACGAA